GUGAGGGCUAUGGUCGUGAAUGAGGGAAUGAGAACGAGUUUUGGACUGCCUAAGGCCGGUGCUGAUGUAUGGGAGGACACCACGGAGUCGUGUCUUUGGUGUUGGGAGGCGAUAUUUUCGGAAAUGUUGUAUAGGUUGCCGGAAUCUGUCCAAACACAUAUUAGUAAUCGACGCAUGUGCCGCUCGAGGAUCAAGGAUAGGAUUGCCGCGGUAUCUGAAAUGAUGGAAGCUAAGAAAAGAUUAAAGAAUGCAUGGAUAAAGCUUAGUGGAACUGUGGAUAUGCAUUAUUGGGAGGAUGAUGUUAUUAGUGAUGAGAAGUAUGAGAAGCUACAGAUGGAGGGAUCGACAAAUUCAAGAAAGUUCGAAAAUGAGUUAAAAGAAGAGGCAUAGAGAAGAACAAAAGGCAUUUGCGGGUGAAUGUAGUUCUGAAUUAGUAACAACUUAGUUAUGAUUUCCGAUUUAUCUUUUAUGAUUGAUUA